UUGGGGAAGGGCAGGAAUCAGGGGUUACAGCAGGUACUUGAAAAAGGCCACUUGCUCAGGCUCCGGUGAUAAGAACUGGACACUCUUGGAAACCCAGGCGUGGAGUAGCCGUGGACAGAUCUGCACAAAGAGAGGUGAUGAGAACAACUGAUGCAGAGGCAAGGACCAUGCACCUGUUUCCAUCACUCCUCUUCCUGUUCCUGUGGGUGGCACCAGCAUCCUGCUCAGAAACCAAAACCUGUGAGGAUGCCCAGAAGACUUGCUCAGUGGUUGCCUGUGGCAUCCCUGUCACCAACGGCACCCCAGGCAAAGACGGGCGCGAUGGACCCAAGGGAGAAAAGGGAGAACCAGGGCAAGGGCUCAGAGGUUUGCAGGGCCCUCCCGGGAAGAUGGGGCCUCCAGGAAAUACAGGGUCUCCUGGGAGUCUAGGACCAAGAGGCCAAAAGGGGGAUCGUGGAGACAGUGCAGUUGUUGAGACUAAAGUUGCUGAUUUGGAGAGAGAGAUAAGAAGCCUAAAAUCAGAACUGGACCACACCAAAAAGUUGCUAACCUUCUCCUUGGGCAAAAAGUCUGGGAAGAAGCUCUACGUGACCAAUGGUGAAAUGACGCCCUUUUCCAGAGUGAAGGCUCUGUGCACUCAGCUCCAGGGCACUGUGGCCACUCCCAAGAAUGCUGAGGAAAACAAGGCCAUCCAGGAUGUGGCCACAGACAUUGCCUUCCUAGGCAUCACAGAUGAGGUGACCGAAGGCCAGUUCAUGUAUGUGACAGGAGGGAAGCUGACCUAUAGCAACUGGAGGAAGAACGAGCCUAAUGACCAUGGCUCAGGGGGAGAGGACUGUGUGAUCCUCCUGCGGGAUGGAAACUGGAAUGACAUCUCCUGCUCCAGCUCCUUCCAGGUGGUCUGUGAGUUUCCAGCUUGAAGGUGCAUGUCCCUCAGCCCCCUCUGGAUGAUUUGAAAGAUAAUUCAUUGCUGGUUUUCCCAUA